UCGUGGCAUUUGACGCAGAGGCAGAGGCAGCUGCUUACUGAUGGUGAAUCCAAAAAGUAUCGCCUGAUCAUAUUUGUACUAUAAGAUCACAAUAUGUUCAUCUUCUGUGAUAUUUUUGAUUUCAAAGUGCUUAUAUUUGCCUGUUUAUUGGCGUUUUUGCCAAACAAUUUAGCGGACGAUGCAAAGGAAGGCGCAGUACCGCUAACUCAACAAAAUAUCGAUAUGACGCUUGCAUCAAACGAAUUGGUGUUUAUAAAUUUUUAUGCACAGUGGUGCCGUUUUAGUAAUUCAUUAGCUCCUAUUUUUGAAGAAGCUGCAACUAAGAUAAGAAAAUCAUUUCCUGAACCAGGAAAAGUAGUAAUGGGAAAAGUAGAUUGUGAAAAAGAAUCCUCUGUCGCUUCGAGGUUCCACAUUACCAAAUAUCCAACUUUGAAAGUCAUAAGGAAUGGCCAGCCAACCAAGAGAGAGUACAGGGGUCAGAGGUCUGUGGAAGCGUUUGAGGAAUUUAUAAAGAAACAGUUGGAGGAUCCUAUUAAGGAAUUCUACGAUUUAAAGGAAUUAACUAAGUUAGAUGAUAAAAAAAGAAUGAUCAUUGGAUAUUUUGAUAGAAAGGAUGUUCCUGAGUAUGAAAUAUUUAGGAGAGUCGCCACUAAUCUUAAGGACGAUUGUCAAUUCCAUGUUGGCUUUGGCACAUGUUCAGCUCAAAAUUGUGAAAUUGGGGAACAUUUUCACUUUUUGAAUGCAAGUCAAGCUAUGCACCCACCUGGAGAACCUAUAAUAGUCUUCCGGUCCGAUAAAGCACUUUCUAACGACGAAGAUGAAACGUACCAUGGAAGUUUGAAAAACUUUGAUGAAUUAAAUAUUUGGACACAAGAAAAAUGUGUUCCUCUCGUCAGGGAGAUCACAUUUGAAAAUGCGGAGGAAUUAACGGAGGAAGGUUUGCCCUUUCUUAUACUGUUUCAUGCGCCAGAUGAUAUUGAGAGUGUUAAAAUGUACAAAGACGUGGUGCUGAAGACGUUGAUCGAUGAGAAACAGAAUGUCAAUUUCUUAACUGCGGAUGGUGUGAAAUUUGCUCACCCUCUCCAUCACUUAGGAAAAAGUCCAGCAGAUUUGCCUCUAAUCGCAAUAGAUAGUUUUAGACAUAUGUACCUGUUCCCAAACUUCCAUGAUAUUCAUGUAGAGGGGAAAUUAAAAAGUUUCUUGCGAGACUUGUAUUCAGGAAAGUUACAUAGGGAAUUCCAUUAUGGGCCAGAUACUAGUAGCAACGAAUUACCGCAAGUUGUUGGACAAAUUAAGGUGCCUACAACCCCACCAGAAUCAACAUUUAAAAAGCUAGCACCCAGUAAAAACAGGUACACAUUACUCAAGGACGAAUUAUAAUGAUAGAAUUAAGAUAACUCAGCAUGCUGAGAUUUGUACUAUUUUGGUUAUGCAAUUUGUUAGUUAUUUACAAUGAUAAAAUCCAAAUCGGUUGUAUUAUUAAAUCGAAUUACUACUCAAUGUUACGUGCGCGAUUUUUCGGUCGCUCAUACAGUAUUGUAAAAUUAAACGUUUAUUUUUAAAUGAAAAGUAAUUUCAUAUUAAUUAGUAAUUUAAACAAAGAUGUAUAAUUCCAACAUAAAAAGUUUCGAUGAACUUCUACCAAGCGUCACAUCUUAAACAUCAACCUGUAAAAAGCGCCCCUUCUAUCCAUUACAUAUGUAACUGAAAUCUUUGUAGAGGUUUCACUACGGAAAAUAGUAGGUUUUAUUCUAUUUUUACAUAACACGUGCUUUUUAUAUUCUCUUUCCUUUCUUACUAAAUAUGAAAAGAGACUAAACGGUAAUCAUUUUCAAUGGAAUUAUGAAUGAACGCCCGGUAUAAUAGAUUGCAUCUCAGUAAAAAGAUUUAGAAAACAUAGAUAAUAUUGUUAAGAUAAAAACGAAGAAAUUGUCUAACUAUAGGCGGAAUGAUGUAAUAUAUUGUUUCGUCUAACCUUACUUAAUUUUGUCAACAUUACCAAAUAUACUGUUGAUGUGAUGGCUGCGACAAACGACCUUUAUCUCGCGUUCAUUCAUUUCUUCUCAGUUCAUGGAACUUGAUCUCCAGACCAAUUCACACACUGGCGAUACGAUAGUAGGCGUUAUAAGUUGACCACUUUUUGGAUACUUUUUAAUUGUGAAUCUUGAAAUUUUUUCUAGCACAAACGCGAGAACUUUGUAUACGGUCGCGAGUAUGUGAGAGGAGAACGCGAUCGAGUGAAACGCGCGGGAAUCAUUCGAUCGCGUUCGAUUAUCGAUAAUCGCAUGCGCGUGAGUGAGUGCAGACUGCAGAUACGAGAUAGAUUGUGUUUGAUUUAAAAAAACAGAAAACGAGAUCUGCUUCUUGGGUAGAGUAUUUUAGAAUCGACCCGUUGUGUUUCAAUUGGACAAUUGAAUGAAAAGGAAAAUAGAUGAUGUUUAGACGAUAAUAGCACUAAGAUACUCCUAAGAAGCUAAUUUGUAUGGAUGGUGGCAUUAUUAACUCUUCUGUUAAUAAACGAUUUCUAAGUCAA